AUGUCCAGCCAUGACAGCAAGUCAGCAACAGCCUACACGAUCGCCGACUUGAGCAGGGAGUUCGCUGGGGAAUUCACAAAGGAGGAAAUUCAACAGCAUCUGAAGGGAGACAGAGCCGUGCAACCGCCAUCUGCAAACGUGUGUCCGUCCGUGUUUGUGGCGGGACUUUGCUGGGCAACCACCGACGAGAGACUUUACGACUUUUUCGGCACUUGUGGUGUAGUGGUGUCAGCGGAAGUCUUUCUGGACCACUGCACAGGCCGUUCACGAGGCUUUGGGAAAGUGACCUUCGCAUCGCUCGCAGCAGCCAGCAAAGCCCUCUCGCUGUGCGACGCCUUUCUGGACGGCCGGCCGAUUUCCGUGCGGCCCUUCGAUGCGAUCCCUCCACGCAGAGGCGGCAGCGAUGCACCAUCUUUCGAGGUGUUGGUCGACAGCAUCAGUUGGAACACCACCGAAAUCAGUCUGAAGAACCACUUCGAGAAUUGUGGGGAGAUCGUAUCUUGCACUGUCUUCUAUGAUCGCAAGACUGGACAGCACAAGGGGAUCGGCAAGCUGGUGUUUGCUUCUGAAGCAGCAGCCCUGAGCGCCACGCAGAGGCACCUGUCGGAUCUCGACGGAUGGACAAUAUCCGUGAGGCCCGGCCGGACCUUACGAGCCAAAGGAGCUCUUGCUGCAGAGCGGCAGCAGCAGAACAGCGGUGGCAUGCACGAGGGCCCUGCAGGCUUGCAGCUGUCGCACACAGCAAUUCGGAACGACGUGCUGUCCGACACCGCUUCCCUACAGCAGCUCGAAAAGACAGUGGACGUCCCGCAAAGGGUCCCAACGACGCAUUUAAUCGAUUGGCUGGCCGAGCUUGAUCCUGCCGGCUUCUUGAAAUGCUAUUUGCCCAUCCUGUUGACGAUGGGUCAUAGAACUGCCCGGGAUGUUGUACACAAGUAUGUCGAAAAACGUCCAGGAGAGACACCGCAACUUGCAGAGCAGCUCUUUACGGACUUGCAAGUUCAAAAGCUUGGCCAUCGCCGACUUUUCGAGCGGUGGUUCGCUGGCCUCCUACGCUACCGUUCUGCAGCCACUGCUGCCAAACCAACUACCAGCGCACUAGGCGCGGCUGCGAGGGCCCUGCGUGAUGCGGUGAAGAGCCACGAGGCGACCUCCGAAGUGGUUGCCGAGGCAGACGCGCCGGUCGAUCGGCCAGCGACCUUAGAAAGACUUAGUCACGAACUGCGUGCUGCAGAAGAGGAGAUGGAGGUCAUGCUCCUGGGCGAAGCAUUGCCUGCAGAGAGAAGGAUACUUGCUUUUGCCGUUUCUUGCCUUCUCCCAGACUUUCCGGACGCCGACUGGUCCCGGUGGCCCCUGCAGGCCCUAGGCCAGAGCCAUGAUAGCGACUCUUGGAUGGCUUGCUACUCACCAGAGGCACCAAUCCAAUUCUGGGUAGACAUGUACUCCGCGGAAAAAGCUCAAAGAGCACGGGAAGCUGCAGGAAAGAAGGGCCUCCGUGUGGUGGGAAUUGUGCGAGAUCCCAUUUCCAUGAUUGCCUCUGCAUAUUGCUAUCACCAUCGCGGAAAGGAGAUGAACAAUUGGUUCUUUUUUCCAGCGAGACUGCUGUUGCUUUUGGGUCCCAAAGAAGGACUCAAGUUCGUCGCGGAGCACAUGCUACCAAUGAUGGAAAACCUGACGAGCGUCUUCGAGCACCAAUCCAACGACACCUUCCGCCUCGACUACGAGAAAGUCGUUGCCUCUUCCGAGAGUUUCGACCAACAGAUGGACCAGAUGAUUGACUUUAUGUUUGGGGACCAGAUAGACGCGGAAGAACGCAGCAAGGUCUUCAAUGCGACGCAGUGGGCGGACCUGCAUCGCCACCCACGUGCAGAUGACCACGGCAAUGACGACGCCUGUGAGGAAGAAGUACGGCAAUAUGUGCCCACACUCCCACCAGACCUGCUAUCACAGUACCGCUCGUACCAGCAGCGGCUAGGGAUGCUUUCCCCAAGUGCUCUGCUGUUGAGGAAGGCACAGGCACGCUUCGCUGAGUCGAGUUCCACCAACAAAAAGAAGUUGGGGAACGGGAAGCCGUGGGAUGUGUUCGACUUCGUUGGUGCUGUGCACCACAAAUCUGGCGUCUACCUUUUGCACAAGAUUUGGUUCUACUUGUUCCAGGGCGUCCUGGGUGCUCAUGAUGACGAGAUGGGUAUCAUCAUAACGCCUUGCUACAAUAUGUGCCGGAAUGUAGAUGCGCCAAUCCGGUGGAUGGUUGACAUGAUGUCGCCCGAGCUCGUGGAGCGUGAGCGGGCCAGUGCAAAAGGGAAGGGAAAAGGCUUGCGAGUCACAGGACUCCUUCGAAACCCUGUAACCAUGGCGGUUUCUGCUUACUGCUAUCAUGCCAGUGGCGAGGAGGAAUUGAACGUGGCCUUCUUUCCUCCGGGAUGGCCCUUGGUGACCGUGCAAACCAUGCCUCCGGAAGAAGGGAUCCCUUUUGUCGCAGAGCGAAUGCUCCAGUAUGUGACAAACAUGACCGAUUUGUACGAGCAGGACGACAAUGCGUUUUUGCACUACGAGAAAGCAACUUCUUCUUCUGAGAUGUUUGACAAGGAGGUGAAGGAGUGGUUGGAUGGCCUACUCGGCGACCUCAUCUCGAACGAUGAGAUGGAGCAGGCGCUUGAGGCGGCGAGGUGGGCAGACCUGCACCGCCACCCAGAAAAUGAUGAAGGCCGUUCCGAAAGCAGACGAGCUGGCAAAGGUACUGGAAGUGCUCAAACUCACCUUGCUGCGCUCACGAAGCGUCACCAGGUAUCGUACCGACCGUGGCUGAAGACAGGUUGCCUCCUUGCUCACGAACAGCACGGAUUCCGCGUCGAAAAGACCAUGACCGACGUCGUUGGCUGGGCUACAAAGAAAACCUCUGACGGACUCAUCUCUGGAGAGAUCAACCAGAACUGGCUGUUCUGCAUCCCUAUUCAGGUUGGCCCGGCCACCGAGUAUGCCAGGGGUGCUCGGCAUUGGUUCGCCUUCAUCAUCCUUACGCAAGUGGGCCAAGCCGUGGCGCAACUCAUUCUCAGCGGUGCUUUGCUGACGUCCGUGAUGAUGGCUGUGACCGCACUCAUUGGGCUUUAUGCUUGGUAUCAAGAUAUGAAUAUCACAUAUAUCUGCCUCUGGGGAGCUGCCAGCCUUUUCCAAGGGCUCAUGACCUGUAUCUCCAGCUUGCUUCCAGCAAUCACCGGAGUGCUGUCGUUUGACGUUUGGAGCCUGGUGCUGCUCAUAAGCGUUCCUGUGGUGUAUUUCCUGGCAGCAGCAUUUGCCUGGCAUCUUUACAACGACUACGCGGAGGAUCACGGGAAGAAAGCUUAUGCCUUCGAUCCUUUCGGAAAGUAUGCAGCCAAGUACGACCCGCUGGCGAAAGUGCCCAUAUCGGACAGUGUUUUGGACAAAGCUGCGGACCGCCUCUUCACAUCAGAGGGAGGCCCCAUCUUUCAAGGUGGCGAUUAUGGCUCAACAGUGGCGGCGUUCUACUGGUCGCGUGCUGGCAUGAGAAAAGCUUUUUCUGCGCAGCUUCGGGCAGCAAUUGCAAGGUAUCUCAAGGACAAGUUCGUCGGCAAAGCCAGCGACCACGUGGCGCUACUGACAGCAUGGGGACCCAAGGCGAUAGGUGACAGCGAGGGCGAAUUCGGAGAAGUGGCCGCCUUGAUGCGACUAUCUCUCAAGGCCUAUCAGGCCACGCUGCAGGCGACCAAGACAGACUUUCAGUUCGAGGUAAGCCGAGAGGGGGAAGGUCGUGACUGCUUGGUCAUGCCGCCUUCUAACUUCGCACUCCUGGGCCUCAAGGACACCUUUCACAUGCUCCUCAAGGGUUACCGAGUGCUCCUCAUCGUGCAGCCACGGUUUUUCCCUCACUUUCGGGAAGUACAGCUAGACUUGGCCAGUUGCGGUUUGCCAGAUGGUCUUGUGGAGGUUCUGCCUGGCAUCACUCCUGAUGCUGAUCCAGAGGUCCUGCACGAGGCCCUUAGGCACGUGGACCGGUUGCAGUUCACAGGUUCCUCGGACAUGUUCAAGAGCCUUGUUUUGAAGGCUCUUGAGUUGGGGAACCUGCGCAUGGAGCAUGCCGGCGAGGUCAGCGGCUUGAACAAGGUUCGCUUGGACAACGUUUCAGCGUGUCGCAUCCGGCUGUGGCACGUGGUACGUGCUGGGCCGCCAUGGUUUGAUGCAUCCAUGGGAGACAACGCUGAGAUGGUCAAGGCUGCUUUAGACGAGGACGGCCGCGGCAUGCUGCGCUGCGAUGUCGCGCAGAAGGCCUUCAACGUCGGAAGAGACCCUGCUGACACCGGGCUCGACAUACUCUUGAGAGAUGGGAAGACGGAUCAGCUGGAAGUGAAGACACGGGAGCCAGCCGAUGGAUUCCGGGAGUGGUGGGAGAAAGCCAUCCUGGCCGCCCCGAGGGAUGGGCCGCUUCAGCUACGAACGAAUCAGUCCCUAGGACACUGCGUCUACGCACCAAGCAUUGGCCGUGCCGUCGAGCUCGGGACCAAAGAGGAUGCUUCGAACAUCUAUUGCGUCGGAGUGCCUGAGGACGCAUCGGCCCCAUCUGCACGUGCGGGCACUACGGGCGCCAAGCUGCCAGAGAGUGCCUUCGGCGGAAUGAAGAGUUACACUUAUGCCGUCGCUGGUGACCAUGAUGGCGUCGGCACUGUCCAGACCCUCUUUGACAUCACCAAGCGACGAGGACCAAACUACCGCGAUCAGGAGGAGGCAUAUGCUCAGUACGAACUGACGGAAGUGGCUGAGAUGCUUCUCGAAUUCCUGUCGCCAAAAGAUCAGAUGAGCUUCACGAAGCAAAUCUCCAACGUGUUGGAGAUCUUCUCGGCUUUCCAGCCAGAGCUCACGGCGGCUUACGGAGGGCAAGGACUGGUGAAUGCAGACGGCCGGAGCCAGUUGGUGACGCUGCAAGUGCUAAAGCCGGAGAAGGAGAUGCUCGCUGCCGUCGGGAACCUCGUGGCUCAAAGGAUGGAGGUUGACAAGGAACUCCUUUGCAACCUCCAUCCUGCUCGCACCGUCGCAGAACAGGCGGGGGCUGAGUUCAUCAAGGUCUUGUCGCAGCAGAGCACUGCAGCACGGCUCUGGAUUGCGAUUGGCGAGGAUGUGGUGCCACUGGCGGUCUUGGCCGUCAUGGCGAUGCUAAACUUUCAGAAGUUGAGUGGCCUUCU